CUCGACUGUACACCGACUGCCAAAAUGGUGGUUCUGGCAGCUUCCGUCUGUACCCGCAGCGGUAAACCGCUCCUCUCCAGACAGUUCCGCCCCAUGCCUCGAUCAAGAAUAGACAGUCUUUUAGCUUCUUUCCCCAAACUCAUCACUCCCAACUCUCAGCAUACUCACGUGGAAACCAACGAUGUUCGGUUCGUGUAUCAGCCAUUCGAAGAGCUGUACGUGCUCUUGAUCACUAAUAAAGGGUCAAACGUCAUUCAGGACAUGUCGACCCUACAACUUCUCGUCCGCAUCAUAGCCUCCUUGAUCCCAGCAAUGUCCGAACCAGCUAUCCUUCAUCAUUCCUUCGACCUUCUCUGUGCUUUCGAUGAAGUUGUCUCUCUCGGCUACAAAGAAUCUGUAUCUCUUUCUCAAGUCCGUAAUGUACUCGAAGGUGAAUCUCAUGAGGAAAAGAUACAAGAGAUCAUCGCUCGGAACAAAGAGGCAGAAGCGAAAGAAGAAUUGAAACGUCGUGCAAAGCAACUCGAGAUGCAACGUCGAGAACAACAAAAGCGAGCUCAAUUAGGAGCAGCAGCCGCUUCUACUGGUGGAUAUGGUGGGGGAGGUAUGGCUGGGGCGUACUCGAGUGUACCGAGGUACGAAGUGCCAACACAGGAAUACCGAGCACCAAGUCCUGCACCUCAAGCUCAAAAGCCUGCGUUCAAGGGGACUGGUAUGAAACUUGGAGGAAAGAAGGGAAAACAAUCUGAUUUAAUCUCUGCCUUGGGAGGUGAAGUUGAAGAACCGGAUAUCGAGCCUGAACCUGUUGCUGUUUCAGAACCAGAACCUGUCGUUGAGGUCUCUGCAGAUGUUUUGGACAAAGUGGAGCAAGACAGUGUUCACGUUACAAUCAAAGAACAACUUGCAAUUACUCUUUUGCGCGAUGGAGGUGUACAGUCUUUUGAACUGAAGGGUGAUUUGGAUCUACGUAUCACCGAUGCUGCUUUGUCUAAACUUCGUUUGACUCUUGCUCCAAAGGAUUAUACAGAGUUGCAAUUUAAACAACAUCCGAACGUUGCGAAGUUUUCUCCAUCUGGGGAGAAGAUCAUCGCACUCAAAGAUCCUAGUAGGAGCUUUCCCGUGGGACAAGGGUUGGGUGUGUUAAGAUGGAGGAUGACGGCGAAGGAUGAAUCGAAUGUUCCUCUUUCCAUCACAUGUUGGCCUCAACCUCGCGGAGAUGGGAAAUCAGAUAUUGCAGUAGAAUACGAACUUGAAUCCCCUCAUUUAACACUCCGUAACGUUCUCAUCUCUAUCCCAUUCCCUCCUGAUUCUCUACCUACAGUCUCCACACCAGAUGUAGAUUGGAGAGCAGAACGUUCUUCGUUGAUAUGGUCAAUCGAUACCAUCUCCUCUGAUUCUCCUACGGGUAAUUUAGAAUUCACUUGUGAUGGUACAGACCCCGAUACGUUUUUCCCUGUCAACGUGGCAUUCGUCGCUGCUGGUAGUUUACCAGAUGUGGACGUGACGAAAGCGGUCAUGUUGGAUGGUGAAGAAGUGGUUUUCAGUCAAGAAAAAGUAUUGACUGUUGAGAAGUAUGAAGUGGUUUGAGGGGUAUUCGUAUACAAUAUGCAUGUGAACGAUAUCAUCAUG